ACAACCAAAAAAUUACGGUUAGGGUUGGGUUAGGGUUAGAUUAUCAAAUAGGCCACGCCUACCUGAUGACGCAAUAUCUGUGACGCUGUUCUGAAAUCCCUGGAAACAAGUGCAUGCACAUGUCAUACCUACGAUGGAUAAUGCUGGACAAAACAGUCAUACAGGCUGGAUCCCAACACAUGUAAAAAUAUGUUCAGCUUCGGAAGAAUACGUCACAGGAAUAGUUUCUACAGAAGAAGAACUAAAACAUCUACUGGAAAGUCACAAGCGUGCAUCAGGCACUUCUUACACAAUUUGGUCUGAUGACAGUCACAAAAAACAGAAAGUGACACCACGAUGUCUAUGGAAAGUAGAAGACUAUUCAGAACAUGUCCCACUCUCUGUCAAAAGAAGGGUGAUAUAUGCUUGUACGCACGGAAAGAACUACAAGAAGACAACCAUAACAGAUGAUUUGCAUAUUGAACAUGAAUACACAAGAAGAAAAAGGUUCCAUAAUCAAAACAGCAAGAAAGUGGAUUGCCCAGCAAAACUUUAUGUCCGAUAUAUAGAAAGAUAUGAUCAGUUUGCUGUGGCUAAAACAAGUUCUAGAACUGAAAAAAAAGUGGCAAUUAAGGGUGUUCUGGAGUCAUUAAAAGAAAACACCACUGUCACUUCAGAAAUUAUCCAUGUCAAAAUACCUUUGGCAGGAGCACACAAAAACCACAACGCUUCACAAGACUGUCAUUUCUCAAAUAACAUCCAUUACAAUGUUGCUUUAAAACAAGAUGCCCAGAAUAAUGAAAUCGGCAAUCAAGACAACCUCUGCUUUGAUGUUUUUGAUAGUCCUGUACCAUGCAAGGGGAAGCAGAGACACAGUAGUGAGUCACAGUCAUCAGGUUUAGCAGUCGAUCAGUGGCAUUUACGUGAACAGCUCAAGACUUUGCAUGACAUUUCAUAUAUUUGCACUGAUAAAGAAGCUAUCAGGAAUGCAUCCAGAGUUGUUCAUGGCCUUUGUGAGACCCUGAAAUCCAGUUUACACAAGGAAGAUGGCCUGGUUCUCCAGCAGCAAGAACCUGCCAAGAAAAACAGAGCUUUACCAAAUUACUUGAAGAAAGUCAAACAAAAAAACAUCCAGGAAACAUAAAACAGUGGCAAUCGAUGAAAAUGAAGUGCGACAUUCCACUCUUCAGAAAAGUGAUGGUUUGGGAGAUCAGAAGAUCCUGUAAGCCCUGAAGAAACCAGUCCUUCAGACAUCAUCAAACAUCUUAUGUUCUUUUUGUGUAAAUAAAAUUUUGUAUGAAAUUAUGAAUAAUUACAAGGGUUUUCUUUACAAGCAGUGGGCUGUGGAAAAGUAUGGCGAUGAAUAAAAUCUGAGAUUAAACUGCA